CGAUCUAGAGCCCUCGGGCGGGGAGGAGGUCGGGGGAGGCGAAACGAGAGAGCCCCGCCAGACGGAGUUCACCUUCGCUCGCACCCUCCGCAGAGGCGAGACCGUCAAACACGACCAGACCUAUACCAUAGAGACAUUGCUUCUGGUGGCCGUCUGACAGGGCCAUUGCUGCGACUGCUUCUGUUCACCGGCACAGCACCGAGGGAUGGAUCCAAUAUCACUCCCCAGGACCACUGCAUCUGAAUUAUUAAUCUACUUGGCUGGGCCGAAUGCCCUACAGGGGCAUUGUGCUGCUAUUUGUUGGAUGGAGGGGUCAUUAUUAUUAUAAACAUGACUCCCAUAAGCUGAUGAUGCUGUAUAGAUGCAAUGGGCUGUGGUCUGUUAGGAAGGUGUGUGUGUGUGUGUGUGUGGAGAUGCUCCCCUCUCUGUAUGUAGGUCAGUGGGGUAGACGACAGGCAUGGGGAGUGGCUGGGAUGCAAUUAUCCUUUCUUCUGGAAGGGAAGGAAAAAAAGAGAUCACCGCCGACCACCCUUUAAGAGCCUGUUGGCAAAUGGAUCCUGCAGUCGCCACCAUGCAGAGCUGCUUUGGGCGCGUGGAUUUCUGAAUGCAUCUGCCAAGGGCACCAUGGCUCUAACUGCUGUCUCUCUGGGCUACAAAUCGCCUGAAAGUGAGAUGUCUACCACAGCAGAAGACUACUCCACAGAGGUGAAUGGGUGCCUGGAGAAGACAAACAGAGCCACGGAGGCUCCUCAGGACUUACUCUGGGAGGAGGACCUGCGUCAGACUGUAGCCCCAUCAGAUCAGGACCUGCUGACCCAUCCACAAAACCGACUGCAGGACAUGGAGGACGAGCUGGCCGCUAAGACGCAGGCCCUGGAGGACCUCACCAGGGAGCUGGAGGACAUCCGUGCUGCCUUCGGCACCGAGGAGGGAGUGCAACAGCUGCAGGACUUUGAGGCGGCGCUCAAGCAAAGGGACGGCAUCAUCACGCAGCUCACCGCCAACCUGCAGCUGGCCCGCAAGGAGAAGGACGAGGUCAUGAGGGAGUUCCUGGAGCUCACCGAACAGAGCCAGAAACUCAACAUUCAGUUCCAGCAGCUACAGGCGGGCGAGACUCUGCGGAACAGCAGCCACAGCAGCACGGCGGCCGACCUGCUCCAGGCGCGCCAGCAGCUCGUGCUCCACCAGCAGCAGCUGGAGGAGCGGGACGCCGAGGUCAGAGGUCACCGGGAGCGCGGCGAGGAGCAGCGGCUCCUGAUCAGCCAGCUCCAGCAGCGCCUCAGACACAUAGAAACGGUGGGCACACAAGCAGACGAGUCGCUCGCACUGAAAUUACAGGAGAAAGAGCUGCUGGUGGCCAAGCAGGAGAGGGCCAUGUCCGACCACGAGCACUCGCUCAUGCACCUGCGGGAGGAGCUAACCUCCUCAGAGCAGCAGCGGAGUGUGUUGAGCCAGCAAUUAGCCGCCAAGACCCAGGAACUGGACGCGACUAAAGCAGAGGCUGAGCGGAGCCGGUCAGAGCUUGAAUGUACCAAGGUGGACCUCGAAGGAACGAAGGUUGAGUUUGAAAGGACCAAGGUUGAGUUUGAGAGCAACAGGUUGGAUCUCGAGAGGAUCAGGAAAGAGUUGGAGAGCAGCAAGGUGGACUUCGAUGGCAACAGGUCGGAGUUUGAGAGCUUGAAGAUGGAGUUGGAGAACAGCAGGGAGGAGCUUGCGAGCAACAAGGUGGAAAUGGAAAGUAACAGGGCAGAACUCAAUGUGACUGAGGCAGCACUUGAGGGCCUCAGGGUGGAGCUUGAGAAACUGAGGGCGGAGCAUGAAGGCAGAAGGGUGGAGCUUGAGAAACUGAGGGCGGAGCAUGAGGGCAGAAGGGUGGAGCUUGAGAGUGGUAGGGUGGAGCUUGAGAAAUGUAAGGCGGAGUUGGAAAGCAGCAGGGCGGAGUUGGAAAGCAGCAGGGCGGAGUUGGAAAGCAGCAGGGCGGAGUUGGAAAGCAGCAGGGUGGAGCUGUCGUCCUCACGGCAGAAGGAGCGCAUGUCAUCGGCGGAGAUCCAGCAGCUGAUGGGGACCGUGGAGGACCUUCAGCGGCGCUGCCACCGCGGCAGCCUUUCAGAAGGCGAAGCCCUGCAGCGGGCAGAGGAGGACGUGGCGCGGCAGCUGGAACGUCUCCGGGGCGAGCUGGACGAGAUGUACGGUGAGCAGAUCGUCCAGAUGAAGCAGGCGCUGCAGGCGCAGCACGCCGCCGAAGUCGAGCGGCUGCACCAGCACCAUGCCGGUGAGAUGGAACGGCUCCGCGGCCAGGCGACGCAGAGCUGCAGCGAGGCCAACCAGCUGAGCGCCCGCGUGGUGGAGCUGCAGCAGAAGCUGCAGGAGGCGCAGGUGCUGCGCGAGCGCGCCCGCCAGGAGCUCUCGCAGGUGACCGAGGAGAAGCUCGACCUGCAGAGCCAGGUGGAUGACCUCCUGAAGGACCUCCGCUCGGCCCGCGAGAAGGUGGAGGCAGCGGUCGCGCAGAACGCCGGAGACCGGCGCGAGAGCGAGGCCGAACGCCUUCGGAACACCAUCUCUGAGCUGGAGGCCCAGCUGGCCGAGGCUCACGAGGCGGCCGGCGAGCUUGAGGCCAAGCAUGAGUCUGAGGUGACCAACUACAAGAUCAAGCUGGACAUGCUGGAGCGCGAGAAGGACGCGGUGCUGGACCGCAUGGCCGAGUCGCAGGAGGCAGAGCUGGAGCGCCUACGCACAACGCUGCUCUUCAGCCACGAGGAGGAGCUGGGGCGCCUGCGCGACGAGCUGCAGCGCGAGAGCCAGCUCAACGCCGAGAACCUGCGCGACGAGCUGGACCGCCGCGGCGGCGAAGCCCUGGAGCAGCUGCGGGCCGCCCACGAGGCCCGGCUCCGGCAGGCCGAGCACGAGCGGGCCGACCUGGCCGAGGAGAGGGACGCGCUCCUGGCCGAGAUGGAGGCGCUGAAGGAGGAGCUGGCCCGGGCGUCGCUGGACAGCUCGCGGGCCGAGGAGCUGGUGGAGCGGCUGAGGGAGAUGGAGCUGGAAGUGGAGGAGCUGAGGGAGAGCGAGAGCGAGAGGGCCGACGCGGCGACGGAGAGAGAAAAGGAGGCGCUGAAGGAGGAGCUGCUGAAGGAGGUGCGGGAGCGCGAGCGGAGCUGGGACGCCAAGUACCGAGCGCUGGAGGCGGAGAGCAGGACGCUGACGGAGGACAACGCAGCCAUGAAAGACGAGCUGGAGCUAUUGAACGAGGACCGGACAAAGGUGCGGGAGAAGAUCGCCGCGCUCGUCGAGGAGAACGAACGCUUGCAGCAGAGCACCGACGAGCUGCGCGAGGAGAUCGAGCGUCAGAAGAACACCUUCUCGUUCGCCGAGCGCAACUUCGAGGUCAACUACCAGGAGCUGAGGGACGAGUGCACGUGCCUGGCCGGCGAGAAGGCGCAGCUUGAGGAGAGGGUCCGCCGCGAAACGCUCGAGUACGAGGCCAAACUCAACGGCCUGCGCUCGCAGGUCCAGCAGCUGCAGUCUGAGCUGUGCACUGAUCUGGAUGGAGGUGUGGUGGAGAAGGACACCACGGAGCUGAUGGAGAAGCUUCAGUCGUCGGAGAAGGAGCGAGAGCGUCUGGCCCAGCAGCUGUCCAAGACUUCUGUCUGUCUGGAGGAGAGGGAGGCGGAACUGAAGGAGAAGGAGGCAAAGCUGGAGCAGAUGGAGGAGGAGCUUCGUCUCGCGCAAGAGGAGAUGGGAGAGGUCAACGCUCGUAUCCGAGAGCUGGAGACCGAGAGAGCAGCAGCAGCAGCAGCCGCCGCUCCUCCGAACGUCCAGGCAAGCUCGCUGCAGCCCCCUGCCCCCAGCAAGGGCUCGUGCUCGGUGGAGGAGCACCCAGCUCGCCUGGCCUCCCUGGAGCAGCAGGUGGAGGCUCUGCGCUCCCAGCUCCAGGCUGCCGAGCAGGAGAGACGGCGCGCGGACGAACAGCACGCAGCCCUGCAGCGGGAGAAGGACGGGCUCGCCGAGCAGCUCCGGCAGCGCGCACAAGCACCUGUUGCGGGUGUCCCCCCUCCCUCCUCCUCCUCCUCCUCCUCCUCCUCAUCCGCCGCUUACUCUUCGUCCUCCCCCCACCUCUCCCUCUCGUCCACUCUCCCUGCCCCCGUCUCGCAGGCACUUGUGCAGAGCGAGAGCAGCCAGCGACAGCGGCAACAGGAGCCGCGCGGAGAGCAGAGAAGCACAGAGCCGCCUCGGCCGCCGCCGCUGCCGCUGGAGGAGAGAGAGAGAGAGGGAGAAGAGGAAGAGGAGGAACAGGUGGAGGAGAAGAGAGAAGUGGAGGCUGGCAGGAGAGAAGCGAACGCGACAGGAAAGAAGAAGAAGAGGAGACGACGGGGGAUGCUGCACAAGCAACGAGUUGCCGACGGCGAGCGGCAAGGGAGCGGAGACACGAAGCAGCCCUGCGUCAUGCCGUCUGCUCCACAGGAGGAGGGCAGCGUGAGCGCAGAUGACCUCGACGGCAGGACCUCAUCGUCCGCCAUCCAGCAGCAGCACACCGAGACCGCUCGCUCCAAGGCCGAGGACCAUGCGGAGUGUUUGUUGCAGCUGCAGGCCCAGCACAUCAGCCUGUCUCAGAUCCAUGCGGCACAGCUGGAGCUGCAGAGGGAGAGCCUGCAGGAGCAGACGCAGCAGACGCAGCAGCGCCUACACAGUCUGGAGCAGGAGCUGCAGCGCCUGCAGACGCCAGAGAGAGAACACGAAGAGGAAACCAGAUCUACAAAAUACCAGAAUGUAAUUCAAGCCAUUUCAGAUGAAUGCAAACAGGUCAUACAGUCAUUUGUUACUCUACUCGGUGAAGAGUUGGUGCUCUCUCUACCAUCUGAAGAAGAUGAGUGGAAGAGGGUAACUGCUCCAACAACCAAACGUACAGACCCAGGGUCACUGUUACAGGAGGCUGAAGAUCUGUGCAACAGCCUGUACCAGCUAAGGGAAGGCAUCACACAGGAAUACAGUCGCCUCCAGGAUCUACAGGCCUCACUGAAGGCUGAUGGGGACAAGGUGGCGUCAUUGCAACUGGCCAAUGAGGAGCUGAGGAGGACCAGUGAGGCGGAGAUCUCUGACCUGCGGACACGGAUCUGCACUCCCUCCCUGACCCAGGCCUCUGAUGGUCGCCACGAUGUCCAUGGGCGAGGGCAGGUACCGACGGCGCAGGCCGACACCUCCGAUCGCCUGCGGGCGGAGUUCCAGGAGCGUCAGGCCCAGCUAGAGCAGCGCCACCUGGAGGAGGUGGAGCGCCUGCGCGCCUACUAUCAGCAGCAGGCCAAGGAGACGCAGGAGCGCUACGCCACCGAGGUCAUCCUGCUGCAGAACAGGCUCCAGGAGCUCACCGGCACUGACGCCCAGUUCAGCAUACCAAGCAUGUCGGAGCAUCCCAUGCAGAAGGAAGAGGAAGUCGAAGAGUUUAAGUGGGAGGAGGACGUGGAGGCGGAGGCAGAGCUCCAGGGUCCGUCGGUGAGGUCGUCGGCGUCGUCUGCCGCGGCGGGACUGUCGCGGCAGCUGCAGUCGCUCCGGCAGGCUCUCUACCACAAGUACCUCCAGGAGGUGACCGCCCUCAAGGAGCAACACCGCGCCGAGCUGGAGCGCCUACGGAGGGAGAGGCAAGGAGAGGAGGAGGAGGAGCAGGAAGAGGAGGAGGAGGGGCGCGUAACGGUCAACGGCGAGCAGCGGUCAAGCAAGAGACGGGGAGAGCAGCUGACCCACUCAGUGGAGAGGGUGGAGGAGGAAAUCGCCAAGGUCAUAGUGCAGAUGUCAGUGGAGUUUGCCCAACAAACAGAGCUGGCUCGUCUGGCCAAGCAGGCACGGGAGACCUCCUCCGCCAUGCAGACCCAGCCGCCAGAGGGGGAGCAGGACGAAUAUGGGGAGGAGGUGGUGGAUGGCCUGGGGCUCCCCGUUGAGGAGCAGCUCCAGGAGAUGCGGAGGAGACACCGGGAGGAGGUGCAGCGUCUGGAAUUGGAGCUGCAGGAGCUCAGCCGGCAGCUGAGGGCAGCUGAGGAGCGGGCAGACGCCGACGCCGCCGUACGCGGGCCAGACUCGGCCCGGAUGCGGACAAGCCUGGCGGACGAGGCGGUGGCAUGGGGCCCGACGGCACGAGCCCACGCCGAGCCUCACACAAAGGCUGAGAUGGCCGCUGGGUCGGAGUCGCUGCUGGAGGAGCUGCAGCGGGCGCUGGGUCAGCAGGAGCAGGAGCACAGCAGGGAGCUGGAGGAGCUCCGGGCCGCCCACGCACACCAGCUGGAGGAGCAGAGGGACCAGCAGCUCCAGCUCAGCGCCCAGCUCCACACACUACACGCCCAGCUAGAGCAGGAGGCGCAAAUGAGAGAAGCAGAUGAUGGACAGACCAUGAGAAGAGAGAGACAAACGCAGCAGAAGCAGGAUCGCAACGUCCAGAGCACCUCAACACAGACCGAGCAGCAGGCCGCUGAGGAGGAAGAUGAGAGGACGAGGAAGAGGAAGGAGGAAACAGGAAGAGGGGCCUCGACAGGAGCUCAAGACACAUCCUCGGAUGUUAUCACCACAGAGAGGAACCUGCUUCGAAAAGCCAACGAGCGCCUGCGCCAGGUCCUCAGUGAUGUGCUCAAGACCACGGCAGCCGCUGAGGAGACCAUUGGAAGGCAUGUGGAGGGCCUCCUGGAGGCCACCAGCAGGGGGCAGCACCCGCCCCACAGGCCCACCUGGCAGAGGGCCCACGCAGAGGCCUUCAAACCCUACACUGGACCCGCUGGAGAUGAGUCGUCAGAGAGUUGCCAUGGUAGCGAGACGGUGGCGGACGAAGCAAGCGUGUGGUCAGGCGAGACUGAGGUGGACGAGGGCCUGGAGCUGUCGCAGCAGCUGCUGGAGGGCUCGCUGGCCACCGGGGCGGCGCUGGAGAACGAGGAGUACCUGACCACCAUCAGCACCCGCCUGCAGGCCGCCGUGGAGAAGCUGCUACUCGCCAUCUCUGAGACCACCAACCAGCUGGAGCAUGCCCGUGUGACGCAGACAGAGUUGAUGCGGGAGUCGUUCCGCAACAAUGAGGAGGUGCAGGAUCUGAUGAGGCGGCAGGAGGAGCUGCAGGAGCAGCUCAGUGAGGAGGGGCGCGCUCGCGAGCAGCUGGCCCUGGAGCUCCACAGGGCAGAAGGCUUGAUUGACGGCUACACGGGCGAGCGGGCGUCGAUGGAGGCGCAGGUGCGCCAGAAGGAGGAGCUACGUCAGCAGCUGGAGCAGGAGCUGCAGGUGACGGCCAGCCGGCUGCAGGAGCUGGAGCUGGAGCGCCGCCACAUGCAGCAGGAGCGCGAGCUGCUCUCGCGCCAGCAGGACGCCAUGAAGGACGACGCCGGCCCGCGCGAGCUGCGCCUAGUUGAAGCUGCAGUCCUUGCAGCACCUGAAGCAGACCUGCUGGAGGAGACGGAGAAGCUGAUGCAGGAGAAGGUGGAGGUGCAGCUGCAGGCGGAGAAGGAGAGCGUUGUGAUGCUGCAGCAUCUGAAGGGCCUGGAGGCCGAGCUGGAGGAGCAGGUGAACCGCAGCAUCGAGCAGGAGCAGGCACACAACGCCGAGACCGCCGACCUGCGUCAGCAGAUCCAGGCCCUGGAGAAACAGCUGGAGAAGAACCGCAAAUUCCUGGACGAGCAAGCGAUGGACAGGGAGCACGAGCGAGACGUCUUCCAGCAGGAGAUCCUCAAGCUGGAGCGGCAGCUGAAGAACCCGCCCAAAUCUCAGAGCGCCAGCGAGCAGAGGGACCGAGAGGUGGAGCAUCUGAGCACCCAGCUGCAGGAGAAGUCGGACUGGUGCAGCGAGCUGCUGCUGCGGAACGAGCAGCUACAGCGCGAGGCGGCCGAGCGGGACGAGGAGCUGGAGCGGCUGGGCGAGCGCGUGCGCCAACUGGAGCAGGCCCUGCUGACCAGCACCGACACCCUGCACAGGGUGGAGGAGUCUCGGCAGCAUGCCCCCAUGACUGAGGCUGAGCAUGGCACCCUGGAGGCCCAGCUGCAGACGGAGCGGGAGGCGCUGGACAGGAAGGAGAAGGAGAUAUGUAACCUGGAGGAGCAACUGGAACAGUUCCGUGAGGAGCUUGAGAACAAGAGUGAGGAGGUGCAGCAGCUCCACAUGCAGCUGGAGAUCCAGAGGAAGGAGCUGAGCAGCCAGCAGCUAGAGCUGGAGGCCAAGGCCAGCCUGCUGGAGGUGAUGGAGCAGAAGGAUAGGGAGAUAGCCCUGCUCAAUGAGCAGCUGGCUAAGCUCCAACACAUGGAAGACACCCCUGACAACAAGGUGAUGGAGGAGCGGAGUGAGCAGGUUCGGGAGCUGGAGUCUCAGGUGGAGAUCUUGCGCAGCGAGCAGGAGCGCCUGAAGAGGAGCAGCGAAGAGGAGGUGGACCAGCUGCACGCCGUCAUCGACAAGCUCCAGCAGGAGAUCGCUAACAUUGAGCACAAGCCACGGCACAGCCUGCAGGGGGAGGAAGAGGAUGAGGAAGAGCUUCACAAAGAGGAGAUGGACGAGAUGAAGCAGCGCAUGGACGAGGUGACGCAGGAGCUGGACACACUGAAGGUUGACCACCAGGAGCUUCAGGAGCGCUACGAGAGCCUCCGGGAGGAUGGGGCGUGGGCGGAGAAGACUACCACUGAACUCCAUGACGCCCUGCGGGAGAAGGCCGCCGCCCUGGUGGUGGCCCAGGCGCAGGUGCAAGCACUGGAGCAGAGCGCCAGCGCCCAGGUGGAGACGCUGAGCCAGCGGGUGGAGGAACUUGAGGUCUGUGUGGGCGAGAAGGACCUAGAGCUGGACGUGUGCCGGGUCAAGGUGGAGCGGGCCCAGACAGACGCGGCUGGCCUCCACCGCCGCGUUACCGAGCUGGAGGACAAACUCAGGGAGAAGGUGGCAGCCAUGCUGGUGAGCCAGGCCCAGCUCGGGGCCAUCCAGGCCCAGACCAAAGAGCUCCAGCAUGGGGUCAGCGCAGAACUGGAGGACCUGGGUGGACUGACCUCACUGAGCCCCAUGGUGGGGCUGGGGGCCCCAGGCUUCGACGUAGCACAGAGGGCCACCAGCAGAGCCGCAGCCCCGGCCGGUAAGGUGGGCCUGCUGACGGAGAAGCUGAAAGAGCUGGAGGAGGGCCUGUGCGGCAUGCAGAAGGACCAGGAGCUCCAGAAGCAGCUGCUGUCCAGCUCUGAGGAGGAGGUCAUGGAGUACGAGAGGAGGCUAGCCACGCUCAUGGACCUGCUCAGCCAGAUGAAACCGCCACAGCAGAGGACAUCGCUGUCAUCUGAGGCCUCGGGAGGUGAGGCGUCCAUGUCGGAGCUCCUCCAGGAGCUGCAGGAGGCGCAGGAGAAGGCCCAGGCUGCUGAGGAGGAGCUGAGAAGCUUCAGGGAGCACAGCCACAAACUACAGCAGGAGCUGCAGAUCAAAGAUUUAACAAUAGCUCAAUUACAAGAGGACCUUAAGGAGGCUUCAGAUGCUGGUGUUGAAGAGGACCCUGCUGUUGUGUCAGAGCUGCGUCAGGAGUUGGAGGAGGUGCGUGAGGAGGCGUCCUCCACCAAAGAGGAGCUGAGUCUCCACAGGGAGCGCAGCGACAAACUACAGGAGGAGCUGCUGGCAAGAGAGAUGACCAUAGCACAGCUGAAGGACAAACUCCACCGGGCCUCUGGGGUGGACGGCGAGGGCUCCGUGUCCGAGCUGCUGCAGGAGCUGCAGGAGGUGCGCGAGGAGGUGUCCUCCACCAAAGAGGAGCUGAACAGCUACCGCGAGCGCAGCGACAAACUCCAGCAGGAGCUGCAGCUCCGGGACGUCUCCAUCGGCCAGCUCCAGGAGGAGCUGCAGAGGCUGCAGAGCGCGCUGGCCCAGUCAGCAGAGCAGCAGCAGCAGCAGGCAGCCCAGGCAGCCAAGCACAUCCAGGGAGCCCAGCAGCAGCAGCAGCAGCAGCAGCAGCAGCAGCAUCCACCCCCCUCCCAGCCCAAGAAGAAAGGAGGCAAGCCAGAUCACCAUGGCGGAAAGAACAAGGGCGGUGCUGGCGGAGGGAAGGACAAGCCCUCACUCUCCAGGAAGAACUCUGCAGUCAUGCAGCCGGAGAAAUCCCCCUCUCCGUCGUCGUCCUCCUCCACGAGCAGGAACGGGCGAUCGCAAGUCGCCGCCACUGAUGUAGCAACGCAGACAGACUUGGGGCCGAUGCCGAUGGCAGCAGCAGCAGCAGCCGUGGGAGCGUCGCAGGCCUCUGAGGAGGUGGCGGAGGUGAUCGGGGAGUACCAGGAGAAGAUCGACCAGAUGCAGGAGCUCCACGCUGCCGAGAUCAUGGACAUGGAGGCCCGGCACAUCUCCGAGAGCGAGGGGCUCAGGAGGGACGUGCAGGCCCUGGAGGACGAGUGCAGGACCCUGAAGGCCAUCAUCGACAAACUCCGCAGCUCCGAGGGUGCUGCGUCCAGACAGGAGCAUGGUGCUGGACCGCAGUUCAAAGAUGGCUAUACAAGUGACAGCAGUUCGGACUGGAGCCAGCGCACCGGGUUGGACCUACAGCAGGAGUUCAGGACCACACCCGAAGGAGCCAGACGAGACAACGAGGCCGACGUUCUCCCCGACAGAAUCAAGAGUCUGUUACGUGAGGUGCACCAGGAGGGCAUGCAGGUGCUGUCUCUGUCGGAGCUGCCCUGUGACAUGGCCGGGGAGGGGACUGGACUGGCCCCCCACCUGCUGCCCCUUCAGGGCUGGACCAAAGAGAGGGAGGCCCUGCUGGCCACAGUGGAGUCCCUCAAAACCCUCAUCGCCAAGCUGCAGAUGCACAAGGGGACCCAGACGGAGGGUGCGAGUGACUGGCGUGGCGAGUUGCUGAGUGCGGUGCAGCAGGUGUUCCGGCGUGAGCGGGACGUGCUCAAGAGCGCCCUCUACAGCCAGCUGGAGAUGCUGGACACCAGUGACGCGGUCAUCCACCUCAACCAGCUGGAGCACAGGCUCAGAGAACAGGAUGCUCAGCACAGGGAGGCCAUGGGCGCCCUGCACUCCGCUGACAGGAACAGCCUGCUGACAGAGGUGCGGCAACUCCGAGCCCAGAUGGAGCAUCUGCAGCUGGAUGCAGGUGUCAGGGAGAUCACAUCUCCAUGGCAACAGUCACUGCAGCAUCCACAACAACAACAAGAACAACAACAGCAGCAGGAUGUUCCUAUCACUGGCAUAGCCGCUGGUUCCCGUGAGCAGGAGCCUGAGAGGGUAGGGCCCCAGGCUGGGGCAGCGGGCGCUCAGGACCAGCAGGGGGCAGCAGCGCGUGCAGAGCGACAGCUCCUGGAGGAGGCCAAGAGCGAGCUGGCCCAGACCAAACUGGAGCUGGAGACCACGCUCAAGACCCAGCACAAACACCUGAAAGAGCUGAACACGCUCAGGGCUGAGCUCACUCAGAAGGCGACGGAGGUGCACUCGCUGACCGACCGGCUGGCCGAGGAGCAGCGGGCGGCGAGGGAGCUGCAGUGGGCCCUGGAGAAGGAGAAGUGCAAGUCGGAGAAGAGGGAGGAAAGGGAGAAAGAGGAGCUGGAGGACCUGAAGCUGUCUCUGGCGGAGCAGCAGGCUCUGGCGUCCGACCUGAGCGCUGACCUGGAGGAGGAGCGGCAGCUGUGUGUCCAGCUCAAGGCCCAGGCUCAGGAGCAGCAAUGCCAGCAGGACGCCCAGCUGGCCCAGCAGCAGAGCAGAGCCAAGGAGCUGCAGGUGCAGCUGGAAAGUCAGCAGGCGCGGGCACAGGAGCUGCAAGGGGCUCUGGAGCGGGAGAGGGAGCUCAGCGCCCAGCUCAGGCAGAAACCAUCCACUACCACCGCGCCCAAGGGCAGCGCACUAGAAGGAGCCUCUGCCACUGGCGUCUCACAGGCCGAGGAGGGCUGCAGUCAGGUGGAGGAGGCGGUGAGCUCCAUGGAGGCGCUGCUGCGGUCACUGCAGGCGGAGCUGGAGCAGAAGGAGGCGCGCGUGGUGCAGCUGCUGGGCGAGCUGGAGGCGCAGCGGCUGGAGGCGGUGCAGCAGGGCCGCGGCUGGGACGAGGAGCGCGCCGUGCUGACCGCUCGGGCCGCCCAGGAGCAGCAGGCGCUGGCCGAGUCGCGCGCCCAGCUGGAGCGGCUGAAGCAGCGGCUGGACGAGGCCCAGGGCCGGCUACAGGGGGAGCGGGAGCGCGCCCAGAGGCUGGAGAGGGAGAGGGACCGUCUGCAAGAGAGAGUGGCCGAGCUCAGCCGGUCAGCGGCGGGCAGGGAGGCCACCUCUCUGCCCACCAACCAGAUGGCGUGGCGAGGAGAGGGCGAGGGCGAGGGUGGCGACCGCACCAGGGACUGGGUGCUGCAGCAGAAGAGUGGCGACGGACUCACCGUCCACUCCAGCACUGCCUCGCUGCUGGAGCACGCCGCUGGCACCGCCGUCGCCGUGGCAACUGAUGCCAAUGUCAACAGCAACAGCCACAUGGACGGGGUGGUGCAGAGGCUCCAGCUCAUCGCCUCCAAGAUCAAGGGCAUGACCAGCGACGCCGCCGGCAGGCUGCCUGGUAGUCAGGUGGACAGAGAGGGUCUUGCGUGGCUGCAGUGUAAUGUGGAUGACGUGCUCUCCAUGCUCCAGCACCACAUGGCAACACAGACAUCAGCAGCAGCUCCUGAGAGCGCCGCCCUGCUGGGAGGCAGCAGCUCCAGCGUGCUGACAGAGCGACUCUUAAGGCAGAACGCCGAGCUGACGGGCUUCGUGAGCCGUCUGACGGAGGAAAAAAAUGACCUGCGCAACCAGCUGCUGCGCCUGGAGGACGAGCUGAGACGCCUGCGCCAGAGAGGCCUGGGCUCCGACAGUUCGAGCAGGAAGGGCGCUGAGCAGCAGGAGCUGGCGGUGCUGAGUGUGGAGCGGGAGGCGUGGGGCCGGGAGCGCACGCGCAUGGAGAGAAGCCUGCGCCAGGCCGAGGCCGAGCUGACGCGCCUCCGCGGGGAGCUACGCAACGACACGCUCAGGGACAUGACCGGCCCUGACGCUGACAACGUAGCACUCAAGCGGAUGUACGGGAGGUACCUGCGCGCCGAGAGCUUUCGGAAGGCUCUGAUCUACCAGAAGAAGUACCUGCUGCUGCUGCUGGGCGGCUUCCAGGAGUGCGAGGAGGCCACGCUGGCCCUGAUCGCCCGCAUGGGCGGCCACCCGUCGCCCGCCUGCCUGGAGACCAUCACCCAGCGCCGCCGCGGCUUCACUCGCUUCCGCUCCGCCGUCAGGGUCUCCAUCGCCCUCUCCAGGAUGCGUUUCCUGGUGAAGAGAUGGCAUAAGGCCACUGGGGCUGGCUCUGGCACCUCACCCUGUGCCAACAGAAACGGUCUGAGUCAGAUCACAGGUGGGGAGGGGAGGCACGACUCCCCGUUCCUGCACCCAGGCAGUGUGGAGGUGGACGGGUAUCGGCGUGGCGGCAGCAACAGGGGCAGGACCGGCCGCGACUCACCCCGGUCAACCCUCUCAGCCCAGCACAGGUACCAUGGCAUGGCGGGGGAACCAGGUGGAGGGACCCCAUGCUCUCAUCUGCUGAAUUAUGACCCUGACCGCGCACUUACGGACUACAUCGCCCGGCUGGAGACACUGCAGAGGAGGCUGGGCAGUGUGCAGUCAGGGUCUUCUUCAUAUGCUCAAUUGCACUAUGGAAUAAGAAGAUAAGACUCUUGACUUCUACAUUUGAACUGGCUUGAAAAAUAACUACUCAGUUGCCUUUUCUUGUGCUGAGCUGCUGUGUUUUUUGUACUCAUGAUGAUGCUAUUUAAUGUAUACUCUGUGGGACCAAAAUCAUCUUUUUUUUCCAUCUGUAAACCAGACCCUUGGGUCGCCAGCACCAGAAACCGCUUCUUCAUGUAUGUACAUUAGUCUGCUUAUUAUUAUUAUUAUUAUUAUUAUUAAAAUUAUUAUUAUCUGUUGUGGAUGGAAUUACAAUCAUGUUUCCUAAAUGUAUAUUUGUGGAAUGCUAAUUUAAGAGAACCCAUUUAAUUUAUAUACUGUGCAAUGUAUGUACCGUGUGGGUGGGAGAUUGUAAACACAUAGGGAAUGUUGGGCUUUACUAUGAGGAGCUGCUAAUGAACACACUACACUGUGGUUUGCCAGCACGGUUUCUUGAGACAGACUACAGAGGACAUUUGUAGUAGAGGACAUAUUUUUGUAAAGGGUAGGAGCUUUGAAUUUUAUGGGUAUUUUGUCAACAUUGAAAUAAAGAUUAAUAUAAUAUUUCAAAGCA